CAAUAGGCGCUACUUGGGGCGUGGCCUAGAAAAGCGUCGCUGCCAUCAUGCUAGCUGAGGAAGACCUGUGUAACUAGCUUUGCGAACUCAUGUAUUGAGCGUUUUGGUGUGUUUGCUUUUUUUAAUGUGCGUAGUGUCAUUUUUUUUCACAGUCACUGGGAAGUAAAAUGGAAACAGCAACUUGUGUUUGAGGACGGUGAAUUUUUCUUUCAAAAAGGACGUAGGACAGCGGUCUCGGUUUCCUAGCCUGUAAGCUAGCGCGGCCAUCACGACCAGAACAACACACACCACAAGUCGGCGUUUGGCAGUUGGACCUUUCUGCCACCAUCAUGGAGAAGGCUGAUUUCUUGAAAGGACUUCCUGUCUACAAUAAGAGCAACUUCAGCAGGUUUCAUGCAGAUUCUGUUUGUAAAGCAUCUAACCGCAGGCCCUCCGUGUACCUACCAACACGUGAAUACCCCUCUGAACAGAUCAUUGUUACAGAAAAAACCAACAUUCUCCUGCGUUACCUCCACCAGCAGUGGGACAAAAAGAAUGCAGCAAAGAAAAGGGAACAGGAACAAGCUGAGGGUGACAGCCCGGCGCCUCCGAGGAAGAUCGCCAGGACAGAUAGCCAAGAGAUGAACGAGGACUCAUAAGUGCGCGUCUGAGUGCGUGUGCGUGUGUGUGUGUAUACAUGUGUGUUUGCAUCCACGGGGUAUAGCCAAUUUAAGCAAAACCAUAGGAUAAUCCCUCCUGCAUGCAGACUUCCUGGUUUUUCCUGGACUAUAGCAGGAUGUCUUUCCUGGCAUUCAGUUAAGUCACUCCAGAGAGAAUUCCGGGAAAUUCCCAUUCACAAAGCCGCCAUUUAUGGUGUAUGAAAAUAACAUUGGUAGAAAUGAUCUCAAGUCGUGGAGGGGAAAUCAUUACUGGUGUUUUGAUUAUGUUGGCUCUUCCCCAUGUGGGCCAGUACACAUGUAUAUGUUUGCGUGCAUGCUGAGCUGUGAGUGCAGACUGCGCGUGUGCCGUACGUGCGAGUGGAUCGUAGGAUUAAGAUGAGACGGACUGGACAGAAAAUGUCAGACACUACUCUUAAAAAUGUAACUGGUACAAGACUCGUGUAGCCUCUCUGUCAUCCGGACAGUCUGUUCUGAUUUGUGUGAAUAUUUUGUUACUGUUUUAAUUUUAUUUUAUGAUGUUUUUGUUGUUGUUUGUAAAUGGCAAUGAGCUUCCUGCCAGCCACAGUGCCCACCAUCUCAGUUUCACUGCCCACUCUGCAACCACACGGGGGCAUUGCGACUUCUUUUCCACACUGUUUGAAUCGACAGAACCAAGAAUGCACUGUGAAGAACAGCACAAAGUAGAAGCGACUCUUCCCGGAUCCCCACCUUUUUAAACGUGUGGCUUCUUUUGUUUGUUUUAUGGUGAAUAUAUUAAUAUCUGCGUUCUAUCCUUGUAGGAUUAAUGUUGUGUCGGCGUGGCUGAGAAGUAGUGUCGCGUCUAGCUCCUCCCUCUGGCUGGUCGAGGCGAGUAAGAAGAAAAAGAAAGCUGUUAUGUCUUAAUAGGAAAAUACAGAAACAGCACAGACACUAAAGAGAAAUAUCUAUAGUAACGUGUGGGAAAGGGAAAAGAAUGCAUAACGUGUGUAAAUAAUUACAGUAGCGUAUCCAAUUUAGUGUCUUUGUGUCUGCCUUUUUGUAAAAGACUACAGAAUAAAGUAGAGAAGAGCCCCAGUGUCCAGUGGAUGUUAUCUUGCCUUGCAUGUUAAUGUUUCAGUGGCUGGAUGUUAUAAUCCUGGACCAGAAAUAAAGUGUUGGGGGGGGGGUGUUAUUUUUGUGUGGAAGGUAUUAGCCGAGAGGCCUUAAGACUCGUCACGAUUCGGAUCCAGCUCAGGGCCCGGGUUAGCGUUACUGCUCGUCUCAUCUUUGUGACAGCCCUGGAUGGUUUUUAUUUUAUUUCCCCCUUCUCGACUGAGAGCUGGCUGUUAUGAGCACCGGGGGGUUUAGAGUAUUAUACUUUCAGCCGUAGAAUGCACAAUAAGCAUGCACAGCAAAGUGCAGCUGCCAUCCUGCCUUGUUCCUUGUAUGACAUUCAGUUCGUAUUGGUGUCCAUAUACUGUGCAACACCCAAAAAAGCUUUUCUUUUCCUGUCCUCUAAAAAAAUUGUUCCUAUCACUGCCCGGCUGAGUCACGACGAAACCUCCUCUCUUUCCUGUUUUGUGGGUCGACAGUGCGGUCAGUCAUCUUCCUACCUACAGUGUAAAUAUCCCGUCUUGUUAUUUCAAGUAUAAAAACCACAUUAUGCUUCUGCUCAGAUAGACUGUUCUACACCACCCGAAGCCUUGCCCCACAUGUGUUAGAUCAGAUAUGUUCUUUUUAGCUUUGCUGAAAUAAAACUGGAUUAAAACAGA